AUGCCGCUCUGGGCCGUGGACGACUCGCUCGCCGCGCAGCUCACCCGCAACGCACGGCAGAUCGUGCAGCUCCUCAAGGACAUCCAGGUCGACAUCGUCCGGCACGUGCGGACGGCGCUCUCGCUCAAGAUCACGGUGGUCGGCGUGAGCGUCGACGGUCUGAUGGCGCUGCUCGGCGCCACAGUGAUCGUGGUGGUGCUCUGCCGCUGGCAAGGCACCAGCCGGAUGCUCCGGUGGCCGAUCCUCCUCCUCAUCCUCACCAACAUCGUCGCGGAUCUGGUCGGCUACCUGGCUGUCCGCUGCACGAUCAAGCUGGUCGAGUGGCUGCUCGCGAGGGCAACCUCGUGGGAGGCACAGGUCCCGCUCGAGCCUGGCGAGGGGUACGCGGAGUGGCUGGCAAAGGCGGAGGCGCUCGACGCCAGCGACGGGCGAGCGGCGUGGCGCGCGAGGCUGGAGUCGGAGCUGUACGACUGGAGGCACGCGCAGGCGACGGCGCAGCGGCUGAGGCAGGCGAGGGAGGAGGGCGACGCGGCGGCGCUGAUGCGGCUGCUGCUGCCGUGCCUCAAGCCAAACGUGGCGGGCGUGCAGGAGUACGAGCUCUACUGCCGCGCGCGCGCCGGCACCAAGCACGCCAUCUCUGCGCUGAUCGAGGAGCUCAGCAGGAUCGCCGACACGCGCCCCACCUCUCCCGACACGGCCGCCUUCCUGCGAACCGCGCACGUCGCCUUUGGCAACGAGGCGCUCGUGCUGUCUGGCGGAGCAACGCUCGGCAUCUACCACUACGGAGUUCUCAAGGCGCUACUCAGCGAGGGACUGCUACCCGCCGUGAUCAGCGGCACGUCGGCCGGCGCGGUGGUGGCGGCGAUGGCGUGCUGCCGCACCGACGACGAGCUGCAGCGGGUGCUCGAGGACGAGAGCGACCUCUUCCGAGAGAUGGGCUCGGAAGGCCCCUUCGCCGACAGCGAGGGGCGGGCAGACACGGUGGGCCGGCAGCUGUGGCGGCUGCUGCGGCACGGGCGGAUGUACGACGCCGAGCAGUUCCGAUGGCCCCGAGAUGGCCCGAGAGGUGGCACCUCGGGCGCACAAGCCCUCUGGACGUGCAGCAAGACUCUCGAGAGCUGCGAGCAGGCGUACGGGCACUCUGGCCGCACGCUCAACAUCACUUGCACGCCGCUCAAGUCGCGAGGGAACGGCGCGCCGCCGCUGAUGCUCAACCACAUCGACACGCCCCACAUCGACAUCGCGUCCGCCGUCACCGCCUCGGCGUGCGUCCCUGGGCUGAUCGAGCCGGUCGUGCUGCUGGAGCGGGGCCCCGACGGCGCGCUGCGCCCCUUGGACCACCUCGACGCGAGAUUGUUAGGCUCCUUCGAGUCGGACGUGCCGCUCAAGCAGCUGCUCGGCGCCUUCGGCUGCUGCUUCACGAUCGUCUCGCAGGUCAACCCGCACAUCGCCUGCUUCUACGCCCACCCGUGCGGCAGGCCUGGCCGGCCGUCGGCGGGGCGCGACCGCACCGGCGCGUGGAGGGGGGGCUUCCUGCUGAGCGCGAUCGAGGUUGCGAUCAAGGAGGACUUGCGGCGCCACUUGCGGACGAUUCAGCGGCUGCGGCUGAUGAGCGACCUGACCGGUUUCGACUUGACUCAGAUGUGGCUUCAGGAGCAGGACGGCUCGGUGACGCUCACUCCCGCCAUCCAGCUCGGCGACCUCACCGCCCUCAUCUCCAACCUGGAGGAGCCGGCGCAGCUCUCACGACGCAUCCCCGCGAGACGGAGCGCGCGACCGCCCGUGAAGUGGACCGGCAACCGGUCCUGA